CUCAGUCUGUGCCGGCAGCAAACACCAUGGCAGCCCUCGUACUGAUGCCUUUACUCUUUAUUGGCAUGGACACUGCAGGAGCUGCUGUGAGACCUGUGAUUUCUCUCUCCCCAAACUGGACCCCAAUAUUCACAGGAGAAUCUGUAACUCUGACCUGUAAUGUGGCUCCUACUGCCCAAGGGAACCUGGAAUAUUCCUGGUACAGUGAUGGACUCUGGAUACCUGGGAAUCAGCAGAGACUUGAAGGAGAGAUUCAUAGUGGGAAUUACCAGUGCCAGGCUGGUGCCAGUGAGAGAAGUGAAUAUAUUAGACUGGAUGAGAGUUCUGGUGAGUCAAUCAGAUCUGAUCUGUUCCUACAGACUCUGUCACACACACACACCACAGAUUCAGCUGUAAAGUUUAACAUGUCAGACAUACAAUUCCUCACUUACCUGUACAGUCACAGUCACAGCAGCAACAACACAAGACUAGUCACACUAUGA